GAUUCUGUGUCCCGAGCACACACACAUACUUUUCUGACUAAAACACACAAACACUCUCUCACUUGAUGCUGAGCAACAGCUAUCACUGGCAGAGUGCAUACUGUGUGUCUCUGAUGUAAUCCUUUCCAACUUCCACCAUCUCCUCAGCCACGCUACACCUCCCACAACCCAACUUCGCUUAUAAACGCCCAAAAAAAAGGAUGACUCUCACUCUUUGAGCAACCCAGGCAGAAAGAGUCAGAGCGAUUGGCCCUACCAUUUCGUCUAUUUUUAUAGCAUUGACUGUGUGAGGAAAAAAAGAUGGGUAGUUUGUUUUUAUCUCCUUCUGUUCAGACUGAUACCAGACACUUAAAUUGACAGUACAUGAUGAUUGGCCUAUCUCCUCCUGCCAACCCUUACUUUAUUUCUCGACCCAUCUACUCCAAACGAGCCUUUGAUGAGGAACAUGAGAGGCUGUUGCUGGAAAGCAGGACCUUCAAGGAGAAACUCACUACUUCCUGCAGAUGCUCUAGGAGCCAGGUCAAACCUGCUCUUAAGGGACUUUUCCCAAUCCUGGAUUGGCUGCUCAAGUAUCCAGUAAAGCUGUGGCUUGCUAGUGAUAUCAUAUCAGGAGCCAGCACAGGAUUAGUUUGCUGUUUACAAGGCUUGGCUUAUGGAUUGCUGGUGUCUGUUGGUCCUGUAUAUGGUCUCUAUGCUGCUUUCUUCCCAAUUCUGACCUACUUUUUUCUGGGAACCUCUCGACACAUAUCAGUGGGUCCAUUUCCAGUUACCUGCCUUAUGGUGGGCUCUACGGUUUUGACUCUUGCUCCUGAUGAGCAGUUCAUUCGUCCUGGAAAUUGGAGCACUAUAAAUGGGUCAUGGGUGGGCACAGAGGAAGUGGAUGUUAAUGCAAUGGAAGCCAAAAGAAUUGUAAUAGCCUCAACUAUGACUGUACUAAUUGGAUUGUUCCAGUUAGCAAUGGGAAUGCUCCAUGUGGGCUUUUUGGUGCGCUACCUGUCUGAUCCACUGGUAGGAGGCUUUACCACAGCGGCUGCUUUCCAUGUGUUUAUCUCUCAACUCAAAAUGGUUGUGUCUGUUCCCACCCACAACCACAAUGGCUUCUUCUCAAUUGCCUAUAAUCUCAAUGAUGUGUUUCACAAUUUUAAGCAAACUAAUAUUGCUGACCUGGUUGCUGGUUUACUGGCCAUAAUUAUAGUGGUGGUAGUAAAAGGGAUCAACACCAAAUUUCAGCAUAAGAUUCCAGUGCCAGUCCCCAUUGAAGUGAUUGUGACAGUGAUUGCUACAGGAAUCUCCUAUGCAGUGGAUCUUAAAUCCCACUAUGGUGCCAAUAUUGUUGACAGCAUUCCAAGAGGGUUUGUUCCAGCACGCUUUCCAAGUAUAGAGCUCUUUGGAGAUAUUGUGGGCUCCAGCUUUUCUACUGCAGUGGUGGGAUAUGCUGUAUCAGUAUCAGUGGCUAAAGUCUAUGCAUCAAAGCAUGAUUAUAAAAUUGAUGGUAAUCAGGAAUUAAUAGCCUUUGGAAUUAGCAACAUUUUCUCUGGCUGUUUCUCAGGCUUUGUGGCUACCACUGCACUCUCCCGUACAGCAAUCCAGGAGGGCACAGGGGGCAAGACACAGGUGGCAGGGUUAAUCUCAGCUCUGAUGAUUCUUAUUGUAAUUAUGGGCCUGGGGCCUCUACUGCAACCACUGCAGAAGUCAGUGUUGGCUGGUAUAGUCAUUGCAAACCUGAAGGGCAUGUUCAUGCAACUCAAAGAUGUGCCCAUACUGUGGAGACAGAAUAGGACAGACUGUUAUAUUUGGGUGUUUACAUGCAUUGCCUGCAUAUUGCUGGGGUUGGAUGUGGGUUUGCUGACUGGCAUAGUGUUUGAGCUGGGAACAGUGGUGGUCAGGACACAGUUCCCUUCCUGUUCGACCCUUGGGAAUAUACCAGACACUGACAUCUACAGGAAUAUGAAAGACUACAAAAAUAUUAACGGAAUUUCUGGAAUAAAGAUUUUCAAAUGCAACUCACCCAUAUAUUUUGCCAACAUUGACUAUUUCAAAGAGCAGUUACGUGAUACUGUGGGAUUUGAUGCCGUGCAGGUCUUCAAGAAGAGAAACAAAGCAUUAAAAAAGAUUCACAAACUAGUUAAAAAGGGGACUCUGAAAGUCACUGAGAGUGGCUUGGUGUCAGUAGACCCUCUAGGUGUGGUUAAUGAGGGGUUUGAGACUAAGCGAGAUGAAGCUCAAAGAGAUGUAGAUGUGGAGGUGCAAGUGGAUUGGACGGCUGCACUGCCAGUAAAUGUCACAGUCCCUAAAGUCAACAUCCACAGCUUGGUGAUGGACUUCACUGCAGUCUCCUUUCUGGAUGUGAUGGCUGCAAAGUCCCUCAAACUGGUCAUAAAGGAAUUUAUACGUAUUGGCGUCAACGUCUAUAUUGCCGGCUGUGAUGAUGAGACAGUAAGGAGGAUGGAGUCCCUGUGUUUCUUUGAUGAUUUGGUGACCAGAGACCUACUCUUUCUCUCUGUCCAUGAUGCCAUCCUUUUCAUUAAGCUGGACACCUCAAGUGGGGUUAUAUCAGACCCAAUAAUAGAUAAGAUAUCACAAAUGCAGGAUGACAAGGCACCACCACCGUUCACUGAAGAUGAAAACCAGAUUGAGACUUAUGACAACCAGCACCUGGCUAUUCAUGAACUCUCAGUCUGAGUAUAAGUAAAUUGAUUGAGUUGUUGGACUCAUUGCUAAGAAGGUGCACUGGUCCUCCUGUUUCUAAGUGAGGAGACGGACUGAGGACCUUAAAUGACCCCAGGAGAAGUGACUGGGAUAUUUCUCUGUAUACUGUAUGUGUAACCACACAAUACAAAGCAGUAAAUAAUGUAAGAAUGUGAAAAAAAUAUUUUAGCCACAUAGAACGUUUAGUGAUUAAAAUCAUCAUUGUUGAAUUUGGUAAUAAAGAUUAAAUUCAAAUUGUUAUGUUGUCAUGUUAUGUUGUCCUCUGUGUGCUUUUAGAAGGAGAUUAAAAUUAUAUGUUACGACUGUACUGUACAUAUUGUCACUGACAUUCACAGUUUUAAAGCUUGCUUUGGUAAAAUUCCUGAUAUAAUAAUUGUACAUACAAAGAAUCAUUGUGUGCCCAUGCUACAAAUUAGUUAUAUUUGUUUUACACUGGUGUUUCCAAUAUAUGCCAUAAAGUAACCAUUGAGGCAGUGUUACAAGUAAGAAAGCCAUUUAUUUAGCUAAAUUUCCCAUUUAUCAAAUUAUAACUUUUCAAAGACAAAAUGGAAAUCUUCCAACUAUAUUCAAGUCAUCUGUUUUCUUUGGAUGCUAAAUGUAAUUUUGGUGUCAUUGUGCCACAUAUUAGUCUUCAAGGGCACAAACAUAAGGCCAAUGGGUAAAUCCUAGUUUAUUUACAUAAACAAUAUUUAUAUGUAUUUCGUAUCCACAUAAAUUAAAAGGUUUUUUGGCCAUUAUAUUCUCUGUAUGACUCAUGAGAUCUAGUUUUUGAUUAUCAAAGAAAACUAGCAUAGAUUUUAGACAUGUGUGCAAUGUGUACUACACUCUGCUACAAUAAAGCACUUUUGUUCCUUGUGA